UUUUUGACCAUCAGCGCAUCUUCUGACCAUCAGCAGACUCAGCUCGUGGAUCCGCUUUCUUCAAUCUACUCUGCGAUCUUCUUGAACGGAGUUAUUUGGUAUGUGUAUUGCUAUGUGAUUUGCUUGAUUGAUCGUCUACUGCCGGUAGAGUGCUUUUGCUUCUUCUGGAGUGUUGUCGCGGAUGAUUCAACUGGUGUUCGCGCUGUGCCUUCUACGAGUCAUCAUCGUCAGACCAACCGCAUCUUUAGCAGUGUGCAGCUAGAACCCGCCGGUGGAAGCAUUUCGCCCACGCGAACCCGCAAAUCGAUCGGUAAAGACAUCCAAGAAGAUUCCAUCGCAUAGAGCAUGUCGCGAGGAGCUCAAUCGCUCCUGCGCAACGUCGCCCGUCUUGCGUCUCGCGACGUAAGACUGUAUUCCACAAUUGGCUGCAGUCGCCCUCUGUCUUUCGAUUCCAGCUCGCUGCUCCGCAAUCGUCUUCCGAGCACCCGAAGCAACGGUCUUUUGAACAACAGUCUCUUGCUGCAGAGUGCAAUUAGAUCGUAUUCUUCAAAGAAAGAUGAUUCGAAGGAGGAUAAGAAAUUGACACCCGAGGAGGAAGAAGAGGAAAAGUUGGCACAAGCCCGCCGCCGGUUGAACGAGGAAAUCGACAAGGUUAGACGUUCGGCAGAAGAUUCGAAGAAUUCGAAGAAGGAUGAUGAACAGGAAGAACGAUCAAACGACCGGAAACCAAACAUCAACAGGGUCGACAUCAAGAUCCCGCCCCUGUCACCGAACCACUUCGUCAUCAUGGGCGUCAUUUUCUACAUCAUCUACCUUCUCCUUGAAGGACCCGGCGGACGCGAGUUGACCUGGCAAGAGUUCCGAGUCUCGCUGCUUGACAAGGGCUACGUCGAUCGUCUGACGGUUGUUAACCGCCAGUUUGUUCGCGUGACCCUCAAGCCGUCGGCCGACUCGGUCGCUCUGUCUUCUGCCUGGUUUUUCACUAUCGGAUCUGUCGAGUCCUUUGAGCGCAAUCUCGAGGAAGCGCAGAACGAUCUCGGUAUCCGCACUACUGAGCGCAUCCCCGUCAACUACAUUGACGAGCGUGGAAUCAUGAACACUCUUCUCGCCCUUCUUCCUACGGUCAUCCUCGUCGGUGCCUUGUGGUGGAUCGGCAGACGUCAGGCUGGUGGUGCCGGCGGUGCCGGCGGUUUGUUCGGAGUGAGCAAGUCGCGCGCUAAGCUUUUCAACCAGGAGACUGAUGUCAAGAUGCGCUUCAAGGAUGUUGCCGGUAUGGACGAGGCCAAGGAAGAGAUUAUGGAGUUUGUCAAGUUCUUGAAAGAUCCUCAGAAAUACGAGCGCUUGGGUGCUAAGAUCCCUCGUGGUGCUAUUCUCUCUGGACCUCCUGGUACUGGUAAGACUUUGAUUGCCAAGGCUACUGCCGGUGAGGCCGGUGUCCCGUUCUUGUCUGUUUCUGGAUCUGAGUUUGUGGAGAUGUUUGUUGGUGUUGGUGCUAGCCGAGUCCGCGACUUGUUUAGCACUGCGCGCAAGCUUGCUCCCUGUAUCAUCUUUGUUGACGAAAUCGACGCGAUUGGAAAAGCUCGCUCGCGUAACUCGGCUAUGGGCGGAGGAAACGAUGAGCGCGAGUCUACGCUCAACCAGUUGCUUGUUGAGAUGGACGGUUUCCAGACCUCGGACCACGUUGUCGUGCUCGCGGGUACUAACCGCUCUGAUGUUUUGGAUCCUGCGUUGAUGCGACCUGGUCGAUUCGAUAGACAUAUCGCUGUCGAUCUGCCUGAUGUUGAAGGCCGCAAGGCUAUUUUCAUGGUGCACCUGGGCAAGAUCAAGACGACGCUUGAUCUUGAUGCUCUUUCGGGCAAGAUGGCUGCGUUGACUGCCGGUUUCUCUGGUGCCGAUAUUGCAAACUGCUGCAACGAGGCCGCGUUGAUUGCCGCGCGCCGUCUGGCUGAUUCGGUCGGGAUGGAGCACUUUGAGGCUGCUAUCGAGCGUGUGAUUGCCGGUAUCGAGAAGAAGUCGCGCGUGUUGACAAAGGAGGAGCAGCGCACGGUCGCGUACCACGAGGCCGGCCACGCCGUGUGCGGAUGGUACCUUGAGUGGGCUGAUCCGUUGUUGAAGGUGUCUAUCAUUCCUCGCUCGAUCGGUGCUCUUGGAUACGCUCAGUACGCGCCUGCGGACACGAUGCUCUUGUCUGAGCAGCAGCUGAUGGACAAGAUGACUAUGACUCUCGGUGGACGCGUGUCUGAGGAGAUGCAUUUCCCGACCGUGACCUCUGGCGCGUCUGACGAUUUGAAGAAGGUGACGCGUAUGGCGACGAUGAUGGUCACCAGCUUUGGCAUGUCAAAGAAGGUUGGACUGGUGCACUUUGACGAGAACUCGAAUAGCUUCAACAAGCCGUUCUCGGAGGAGACCGCGUCGCUGAUCGAUGUCGAAGUCCGACGGAUCGUGAGCAUCGCGCACGAGACGUGCGCCAAGUUGCUGAAGGAGCAUAAGAAGGACAUCGAGCUGAUCGCCGAGGAGUUGCUUUCGAAAGAAGUGAUUUCUCGCGAAGACGUCCUCCGUCUGCUCGGACCGAGACCGUUCAAGGACCGCAACGCCGCGUUCGAGAAGUAUGUCAUGGGGAAGAGCGAUAAGGGUGACGAUGCGCCGCCGCCGCCGUCGGUGGAGGAGCCUCCUGCGCCUGCGCCUGCGCCUACUCCCGCGCCUGCUGCUUAAGAGUCGAAUAGAUCUUUUGUUCUGUGCUUUGUUCCAGCUCAUUAUUUCUGUGAGUGGGAGAUAUUUUGCGAUUUUGUUGAUAUAUAUUUCUCUAUAUUUAAAAAAAAACUUUUUGUAAAUAGUAGUCUAAGAGAUUGUGCUUUUGUUGUAUAUUUGUAAUACUAUCGUCAAUCCGAAUGAAUGCAUAAGUUAGAGCUUAGAAUUACGUAGAAGAGAA